AUGGGCGGCGAGAGCAGCUUCAACCGCGCCGUCGUGUACACGGAGCCCGGCACCACCAAGACAGAGGUCGUGGAACUCCCGAUUCCGAAACCUGGCCCGGGAGAAGUCCUGGUUCGUCUGCAGUACUCCGGGGUCUGUCAUACUGAUUACGGGUUUUGCAUGAAUGCAUUCUCAUCAGUACCCUUUCCUACACCCACAGGUAUGUCACUGAGGUCACAGGAUUGCCGUCGUGUAGGCCGGAUUCUGACAGCAGGUAUCACAGGACAAGUUGGUGGUCACGAAGGUCAGUGA